AUGGCCAGGUUUUUGAUUGAUAGCUCCUUUGCCAAGUGCAAGCCAGCGAGCAAUGCCUCGUACUCUACCUCGUUGUUUGAAGCUGGGAAGCCAAGCGUGAUAGCUUGCUCUAGCAAGGUUCCAUCCGGGGUGAUGAUGACGACGCCUGCUCCAGCUCCUUUCUAG